UGCUCAAAAACUUAUAUGUGGUCUAUAUUGAGUCAACUACGAGUUUGGUUCUGACCAAGAAGGCAAAGAAUUCCAAAUGGCUGAAGCAGUAGUGUCAAUUGUUGUGGCAAGGCUUACUGAUUUAUUGAUUCAAGAACCGGUGGCUCUUCAUGGACUACUCAAGGAUAAAAUUCAACAAGUGAUAACCAAGCUCCAGUUGAUGAAGACAUUUUUACGGGAUGCUGAUUCAAGGAUAACUGAGCACAAAGUCCGGACUUUGGUUGCUGACAUACGAGCACUUGCUUAUGAUGCUGAACAUGUUGUAGAAAGCUUUAUUGUUAAACCUUCAUCCUCUGCAAGAAACAGAAGGAAACAAGCAAUCAAGAUCAAAGAUAUACAAAGCAAGAUGUCUCUGCUCUCUGAUCGCAUUGGUGAUAAUAAUAUUAAAUCAACAUCAGAAAUUCAGAAUCAUCAAUUUCAUUGUCUGAAGCACCUGGACAGCUAAAGCGAUUUUACUCUUUCACAACCAUGGAGCCAGAGAUAUUUGUUGGAUUUCAUGGAGCCGUUGAUCGACUGGUGGGACAUUUGGUGAAUGAAAGUGAUGAUUGUUACCCGCUUAUCUCUAUUUGUGGAAUGUGAGGUCUAGGUAAGACAACUGUGGCUCAAAAAAUAUACAAUCAUCCAACCAUUAAAGCAACCUUUGCUGGUUUAGCCUGGGUUUCCAUUUCGCAGAAGUGGCAAAAGAAACUUGUGUUGCAGCGAAUACUGAUAUGUCUCAUCCAUGAAAAGAAAGAGGAAAUUCUUACUUGGGACGAUGAAAAGUUAGUGGAGAAUCUGCUACAAAUCCAGCAGAGGAAAAAAUGCUUGAUAGUCCUCGAUGACAUGUGGACUACUGAUGCUUGGGAUUCUAUGAAAUCGGCUUUCACAGCUGAAACAUCUGUGAGCAAAUUAAUGCUUACCAGCCGUAAUGUGAAGGUGGCUGUGCAUGUAAAUCGAGAAGGAUUCAUAUACCAACCAGAAUGCCUAGAUGCAGAACAGAGUUGGGAGCUACUUAAGUUGAAAGCAUUUCCCAGAGGAUAUCAUCUAGAUUCCAAAGAUAUUUUUACAGAGAUGGAAAAAAUGGGAAGAGAAAUGGUUAAAAAAUGUGCCGGUCUUCCACUAGCUAUAGUCAUUUUAGGCGGAAUUCUUGUAACAAAACCUUCACUAAUGGAGUGGGAGAAGGUAUAUGCUGAUAGUUUAUGGUCCCUGGAGAAGGGAAAAGGAUUGGGAGAAGAUCAGCAAAGAGAAUUAUUUCAUGUUCUAGUCUGGAGUUACAAUGAUUUACCCCCACAAUUAAAGCCAUGUUUUCUGUAUUUGGGUAAAUUUGGUGAAGAUGAACGGAUAGAAGCAGAGACUCUAUAUCAGUUAUGGAUUGCAGAAGGGAUGGUACUGUCGACUGAUAAAAGGGAAGGAGAGACAAUGAUGCAAGUAGCUGAAUCGUAUAUGGGGGAACUGGUCCAUAGGAGUAUGGUUCAAGUGACAUUUGAAGAUAUGGAAAACUCGCAUACAAAGAUAAAAUAUACCUUUCUUCAUGACCUUAUGAGAGACCUAUCUCUGUCCCAAGCAAAAACAGAAGAUUUUUUUGAAGUUCUUGAUCUUCGAAAAGGAAAUGAUGUUCAUCUCAAUCCUUCAGCAGAUUUCAGGUCGGUUGACACUCGACAACUUGUAGUUUUUUAUGAUGAGGAACAUAUGAGGAAACAAAUUGGAUCCUACUUUGUCAAGAAAUGCAAGCAACAGAAUAUCGAUCAAUGUUACUGUUCAGUGAUGGUUUCCACACAGAUUUGCCGAAAGUAGUGGGGUCACAUGUUGCCAAUUUCAGGUUUCUAAGAGUGUUUUCCAUGGAAUAUGGUCAAGUAGAUGGUAUACUUUAUCCCAGAAGUUUUGUGAGAGCAUUAGGAAGCCUUGUCUACUUGAGAUAUCUUAGUGUAAGUUGCGUUUCCUUGUCAUUUAUUCCAUCUAUACAGAACAUGGUGCUACUCCAAACUCUCAAAUUAGAUGUUUUCAAUACUGUAUCUAUUCCAUCAUGGCUUUCAAGAAAUAUUCUGGGCAAGCUGGGACAUUUGCGGUAUUUGUAUUUACCUCCUAUUUAUGAUAGGAGUAGACCUCCAAAGAAACAAAAACUAAGGUUUGAUGGAUUGGGCAGGUUAGAGACAUUGGAGAACUUCAGUACUGUGUGGUGUGAGGCUAAGGAUCUUCCGAAACUAAUCAAUCUUCAGAGACUGACAUUAGAAGUAGACGAUGACUAUGGUGAUGUGAAAGAGACCUUGAAAAAUCUGUCAUCAUCUUCAAAUCUCAGGUACUUGGGACUUUCUCUUAAAUUAUAUAAACAACCAGUAGAGAAUGUGAGAGGGGUUUUUUGGGAUUAUAGUUCCAUCCUUCAGAAAUUAAGCAUAAGUGGCCGGCUUGAAAAGUUGGCUCAAUUAUUUGAGAACCAACCGCGGAAUCUUAUCAAUAAUCAUGUUGCAGAAUCUUCAAUUCGUAUCACUUCCUUGACGUUACAGUUUUCCCUCCUGGAAGAUGACCCAAUGCCAGUACUGGAGAAGAUUCCUAGUCUGCGUAAACUUGAUUUAUCUGUAAACUCAUUUGUGGGGAAGGAGAUGUUCUGCUCGUCCAUGGGUUUCCCGAAACUCACCAGUCUUGAACUGUGGCAGCUCCCCAACUUGGUGAAAUGGAAUAUAGAGGAAGGCAGCAUGUCCGUUCUCACCAAGUUAGAGAUUAUUAGUUGUCCGAUGUUAGAGGAGCUUCCAGAAGGCCUCAUAUUUCUCACUUCCCUUCACAGCUUAUGGUUAGGCGGUAUGCAUACAGAUUUCAUACACAAAAUCCGCACAGUAAAUGGCAACCAAGGAGAGGACUUUUACAGAGUUGCUCACGUUCCUGUAUUAUCUAUUUCCUAAGAGUAGAAUAAGGAGCUGAUCACAAUCAUCGCUUCUAGAUUCCCAGAACCUGUUAAUUUCCUGUUUCUCAUUACUCAUAAAUGUGUUUUCUUCUUCAA